AGGAGGAUUUGGAACAACUAAUGGCCGACAUCAAGAAAACGGCAAAUAGAGUUCGAGGGAAAUUAAAGGUUAUGGAGCAAAGUAUUGAGCAAGAAGAGAGUUCGAAAAUGAAUGCAGCGGAUGUCAGAAUAAGAAAGACCCAACAUUCAACGCUUUCCAGGAAGUUUGUUGAGGUAAUGACAGAUUAUAACAACACACAAACGGAUUACAGGGAGAGAUGUAAAGGUCGUAUCCAGAGACAGCUAGAAAUUACUGGAAAAUCAACCACUGAUGAGGAGUUAGAAGACAUGUUGGAAAGCGGAAACCCAGCGAUAUUCACAUCCGGUAUAAUAAUGGAUACGCAACAGGCCAAACAGACGUUGCGUGAUAUAGAAGCAAGACACAACGAUAUUAUCAAAUUGGAGAACAGCAUUCGAGAACUACACGAUAUGUUUAUGGAUAUGGCCAUGCUGGUUGAAAGUCAGGGAGAAAUGAUUGACAGGAUUGAGUUCAACGUAGAACAGUCAGUGGACUACGUAGAAACAGCCAAAAUGGACACUAAAAAAGCUGUCAAGUACCAGAGUAAAGCUAGACGGAAAAUGAUUUGCAUCGGCAUUUGUGUAGCAGUCUUAGUAAUCAUUCUCGUCAUUGUUCUAUUAUCAACGCUAACUUAAGAGGGCGCUUUCCAUAAAUCUCCUUUCAUGUUACUACAGCCCUUUUCAAAACUAUGGCUUCAGCUUCGCCUAGGACUUUUAAGCCCGGUUCAUACUUCCUGUGAAUGCAAAUCCGAAGCCAAUUUUGACAUAACAAAUUCACAAUGCAUAAUUCGCAUCAUCAGUUGACUUGUGCUCAACUCCUGCGAAACAUUCGCUGCAAAAACGGAGCUGUGACUUCAGAAUUCGAUUCGCGUUCGCAUUCGCAAGGAAGUAUGCACCAGGCUUUAGGCUUCUCCAAUGACUUAGGCUUCACCUAUGGCUUAGGCUUCCCCUAUGGCUUAGGCUUCUCCUACGGCUUAGGCUUCUUCUGCCUGUUUGCAGCAUCGCAGAAAUAACUGACAGACCAUCAGAGUCAGAGCCGAAGCUGAAGCUGUAGUUUUCGAAAAAUGGCCUAUUGACCCAUUGUAUAGCACGCAGUGCAAUUACAUGUACCAGGACCCAAUUUCAUAGAGCUGCUUAACAGUAAGCAAAAAGGUGUAAGAGUAUUUCAUAGCUUAGGGCAUUACGCCUAUGGUUGUUAACUCUUGUCAGGUUGUCAAGUGUAGAAGUGUUCCAGGGCGCAAUUCCAUAUUUUAGCCCUGGCGUCAAAAUUUGCUCUUAGAGAUAUCUUCCUUAGUAGAAACAUGUGCCAAAACUUUGGUAAGCGCAACAAAAUUGCUUAUCACAGAAAUGUAGUUUACACACACAUUGGCAAAUUUUCAUCACAUAUAGUACAAAUAGUACACAUAAUUUGUUCAGCUGAUAAUCUGUUUCUGCCGUAUUUUUCUAUCAUCCUUAAGCAACUAUUUCUGCAAAACAGUUUCAUGGCAUUUUGCACUUUCUGCCACUUUGCACAUCUUGAAAGCCAUUUCAUUGGGAAAGAAAAUUCUGGUUGCAUUUCCGCACCCAUAUUGUUUUUAAUAUGGAUAUUAGGUUGUAUCGUAAACCUGGGGGUGUCCCUGGUCACUCGACAGCUAAAGGUUACAUGGCUUCUGACUGCCACCUCCCCCGAACAAAGAUAUUGACUAAUAGGGAGAUAUCUAAUAUUAGGGAUGGAUAGCUGAGUUGGUAGAGGGCCGGUAUGUUAAUCCGAAGGCCAUUCAUUAAAGUCCCGACCUCAGUCAGUCAAUUGUUCUUUAUUCAAACCCAAACUAAAAACAAUAUUUCUGCUUACACAAAACAUUAGAUUGGGUGCUUUGGGCAACAACAAAAAAACAUUUGUCAGAAAUGGAAAUGGUGGGAAAGAUGUUUUAAAAGUAGAAUAUAAUGAUUCACACAGAUAUUCCUAAAAGUUGUAAGGUUUUUCCUUUUAUAAAUCCACCUUUUUGUAGCAUAACAUCUUUGACGCCACAAAAUGGCGCCAAAACUCGAGACAAUGAAGCAGUUUGCUAUUAGGUUUUUUUCUUUAAUAACAUUUCUGUGUAAAGUAGUUGAAAGGGCUCAGGUUUGUCAAACUAAUCUAAUCCAAAAGAAAACAAAUAUUUCGCCCUUAAAUCAGAAGAACAAAUGUUGGAAAGUGGCCUGUUAUUACCGGCAGAAAAAAACCAUACAUACUCUACCCAACAGUGUUUUCUUGUAUAUAUAUUUUUUAUCGCCUGAUAUAAAUUACCUGUCACUGUCAGGAUGCUAUAUAAAAUACCUAUUUACUAUUUAUUAUGUAAUGUAUUUUUCAAUUAUUUUUUUCAAAUCACCUGAAUUCCAGUAGUAGCCAGUGGUAUUUCCUAAUGAUUGCCUCUUGAGUGAUACAUUUAAUCAAAAUUUCUUCCUUGUGUAAACUCUUUUACAACCACUGUUGCUUUGCGUUUUGAACCUAAAAGGCCCAGGGGUCGAUUUCACAAAGAGUUAGGACUCGUCUUAUCUCGAGUUAGGACG